AUGGGUCAUGAGUUUACCGGCCACGUUCACGAAGUAGGUUCAUCGAUUAAGACACUCAAAGUCGGGGAUCGUGUUGUUUCGCCAUUUACAACCUCCUGCGGCGAAUGUUUCUACUGUACCCACGGCUUCUCUUCGCGAUGUGUCAAGAGCCAGCUGUUUGGCUGCCCUGCCCUAGAUGGCGGCCAGGCGGAAUAUGUCCGAGUCCCUCUAGCCGACUCGACGGCCGUCAAAGCACCAUCGGGCAUCAAAGACGAGGCCCUAGUUCUUAUGGCAGAUAUAUUUCCAACAGGCAUGUUCGCAGCUAAGAACGGCUUCCAAUACUCCACGCCAGAGGAGAUCAAGGACAGUGUCGUCGUGCUCAUUGGCUGUGGCCCUGUAGCUCUCUGCGCACUUUGCAACAUCACCGACUACAAGCCAAAACAUAUCCUCGCUGUUGACUCUGUUCCCUCUCGCCUGGAACUCGCCAAGUCCCUGGGUGCAGAGCCCUGGAACUUUCAAACUGAUCGCGAGGGCCUGGACAAACGUGUCAAAGAGCUCACAGAGGGUCGCGGUGCAGACAUUAUCAUUGAAGUUGUCGGACUUUCGCCUGCCCUUCGCAUGGGUUAUGAGCUUGUCCGACCUUGGGGUGUCAUCAGCUCUGUUGGUGUGCAUAAUGGCGAGAUACCCUGGACCGGCAAUGAAGCAUACAACAAGAACGUUAGGGUUCAGAUGGGAAGGUGUCCGGUGAGAAGUGUGUUCGAGGAGGCUUUGGAAAGCUUAAAGCGGCAUCAGGAAAAGCUUGGAUUCAUGGCUGACAAGAUCAUGCCACUAAGCGAAGCCCUUGAAGGCUAUGACUUGUUCGAUAAGAUGAAGUCUGGAGAGUUUCGACCCGUCCUCCUCACCCUCUCCACCCCACUACACCUAGGUCUCGUUUCCGUCUCCACAACACAACUUCGUCUCUUCGCUUCCCUAGACCAUCUCCACAACAUGUCCUCAGAAGAGCCCCAACCCGGUCCCGGUCAAGAUGCCAGCCGCGUCGCCGACCAACUGGACCGCCUCAACAUCGACGGUGAGGGCGAAGUAGCCCCGCGCACCGAAGAGGAAUACGCCGAGUCGCAGCUCACCCUUCGAGCCAUUGUUUCGUCCAAGGAGGCCGGUGUCAUUAUUGGCAAGGCGGGCAAGAACGUUGCUGACCUGCGCGACGAGACUGGCGUGCGCGCCGGUGUCAGCAAGGUCGUUCAAGGUGUUCAUGACCGUGUCCUCUCCGUCACUGGCAGCCUCUCUGGCAUCGCCAAGGCAUAUGGCCUAGUCGCCAAAGGUCUGCUCGAAGGCGCUCCUGCAAUGGGCAUGGGCGGCGUUAUCCGCACGGACGGCACUCAUCCUGGUACCAAGCUAACUUCUGUAGCCAUCCGCCUGCUCAUCUCGCACAACCAAAUGGGUACCAUCAUUGGUCGCCAGGGCCUGAAGAUCAAGCAGAUUCAGGAUGCCUCUGGCGUUCGUAUGGUUGCGCAGAAGGAGAUGCUCCCCCAGUCCACCGAGCGCAUCGUCGAAGUCCAAGGAUCGCCUGGCGGUAUCGAGAAGGCUAUCUGGGAGAUUGGCAAGUGCCUCAUCGACGACUCCGAGCGCGGCUACGGUACUGUCCUCUACAAUCCUGCCGUCAGGGUUCAGCCUGGCGCUGGCCCCGUCCCACUAUCCAACGGUGGUGGUGCACCUAGCGGUGGUAUGGGCGGACGCUCGUACAACCGCACUGGUCAUGGCGCUGAUUUCAGUGAUUCGCCUCCUGCCUUUUCCCGACGAUCUGGCUCCGAUGCCGCGAGCAGGCCUCCGCCCCCAACGCAUACCGAAGAUGGCGAAGAGAUGCAGACUCAGAACAUCAGCAUCCCAUCUGACAUGGUUGGCUGUAUCAUUGGACGCGGCGGUAGCAAGAUCAGCGAGAUUCGCAAGACCUCCAACGCCCGUAUCUCCAUUGCGAAGGCACCCCAUGACGACACUGGCGAGCGCAUGUUUACCAUCACUGGUAGUGCCAGUGCUAACGAGAAGGCGCUCUAUCUUCUCUAUGAGAACCUUGAGGCUGAAAAGAUGCGUCGCAGCCAGGCCCAGGAGUAG